AUGGCGCGACAACUGGUGCAUUUGCCUGCCCCGACUUCAACACCAACAUUGGACAGUAUCGCCCACUUUGUCAAUGCUGUAAAAUUAUUUCUUGACGAAAGUGACAUUAUAUCCAUUGAUACUCUGGCUAGCCGAAUGAGUCCAUUCAGAAUCGACUUCCAACAAGGGCCAAUGGAAGACCCAGGUUCCAUCAGACCAGUACUAGUUCUCGAGAAUGAGCCGCCAUCACAACCAGAGCUCUUGGGUUCGACGCACCUGUGGAAUACAACCAACGACACGAUGGAAUCUCGUAUUCGUGAUCGAGAUACCCCCUGUCAGCAACGAUCGUGCAGCCUAAUUGUCAACGAAUAUUCUUCAUACCACGCAAGUUCUUUGGAUCUCACUAACGGCAAUGAAGUGGCAACUGAGAGGAUAGCCACCGAAUCUGGAUAUGACAGCGGCAGUGGCCAGGACACGGAGCUGCCAAAUUCUGACGGCUCUGUGUCAUCGAGCGCAAAUACCAUGCAGACCAGCAUCGGCAGCUCCCCUUCCCGCACUCCCAUCCAAAAGAUAAGAACGGAAGUGGAUCAUGAUGCUGCCCAAGAAGCCUCAUUACCACAAUCGGCACCUAAUGCGGAGUUGCCGGCGCCAAGUAACGUUGAUUCGGUCAACGAGACGGGACAAACGAUCCAACGAGACGCCGACAACUCGAUACAGGAUGCCGCCACGCCGAGGCUAGUGGCCGUAGCCAAGGCCUGCGUCCGAUCUGACUUUGUGCAGUUUCUGGAGAUGAAUUUAUCUCGCUGGUGUCAGCACGGUUUGUGGGGGAAAGAACGGUACUCGGGCCGUACGGUACGCGUUGACAAGUACGAAAAGCUGCAAACGGCGUACUCGUACAUUUGUCAGCUAGAUGCACGCAUGAAGGACGACGCAAUUCGCAGCCGAAUGGCCAUGGUUUUUCUCCACUUGGAGUUUGAGAAGACCUGCCGCGAAUGCAGGUCCAGCCAUCCUGGCGAGGCAAAGACCAAGACAAUGAUGGGGCGUGGGCGUGGAAAGAUUAGCUCCAUGAUUGAUGGAAUCCUUGAAAACACGCAUCCGAGUUGGCGUUUUGCCGAUGCUCGGGAGAAGGUUGAGAUGCGAACCAACUUUCACAACCAAAAGCGAUACGGGAAGCGAUGGUGGACACUGGUGAAUACUCUUGGGUGUGGCAUCUUGCUUUUAUGUUCAUCAAGUCUUGUCGGCAUGAUGUAUGCUUUCCCACCAACACUUUUCUUGGUGCAAUCAAGAAACUGGACUGACUCCGAAGACAGCCGGAACACUACUGUUACCGCCACCACGCUUGCAGCAAUUGCUCGCGUCAUACAAGUCGUCCACUCGGACAUGAUGAGUAUUCUUAAUUUGGCUAACCCGAUAGCUGAGAAGCUCUUUCAGAAUCAUGGGUAUCAAGACUACGACACGAAGCAGCUUCUGGAGAAGCUUGAGGCUUUUGGCUCCAUCAGCGUUGGGCAGGCUAGGGCAAAUGGAGGCAAUGCGGGUGACAAGUGGCGACAGUAG